CCGUUUUACGUUUAUUAUUAUUACUAUUAGGUUUUCCCCUCCUUCUCUCGUGGCUACUUUCCUGUCGGCGACGUCCGGGCGAGCGGCGCCGCGCUCUUCGCCGGACCCUUUGCUGGCGACGAGCAGCAACCAGCACUGCUUCACUCUUGGAAAAGAUGAGGAAAACUAAGGGGGGUGAUGAUGAUGGCACAAGAAGAUCACAAAAGAGUAGACGAGCUUGCAAUAGUAAAGGAGACGGAACCAAGUCAUUGGACUCAUUAUUGGUAAAGGUGCGAGGAGGUUGUAGGGUUCUUGAGCAUCUCUUAGGAAGAAUACAUAGGAGUAGAAGAGUUUGCAAAAAGAAAACCAAUUCAUUAACAUCAGCCUGGGUAAAGAUGUGGGAAAUUAGGAGGUCUUUUGAUGAUCUCACAGAAAGAUUACAAGAGAGUAGGGUUCACAAUGGUGAAGAAGAGGAAACCAAGUCAUUGGCAUCAGUCUGGGGAAAGGCGUGGAAAAUUAGGAGGGCUGUUCAUGAUCUCACAGAAAUAUUACAUGACUGUAUGGUUCGCAAUGGUGAAGAAGAGGAAACCAAGUCAUUGGCAUCAGUCUGGGAGAGGGUGAGAAAAAUUAUGAGGGCUGUUGAUGAUCUCACAUUAAGCUUACAUAAGAGUAGGGUUCUCAAUGGUAAAGAAGAGGUAACCAAUUCAUUGGCAUCAGUACACAAGAAGAAACUGCAUCCGGAUCUAGUCUCCAUGGGUUACCCUGAGCCACCAAAACUAGAUGGUAGCAUGAUUUUGGUUAAUACUUUCGAAGAGACUUUUGGCGACACAUAUCCUAAAGGUGAUUGGCGUGAAUUCAGUGAAAAGGCUUCUUCUAAGAUUAGUUGCUAUGUUGUCGCGCUUGCUUCAUUCAGUGGAGGGAAAAGGCACUUUGCAUGCUCAGGUUUUUUUAUUGAAUGGAAUGGAUCUACGGUUAUUCUGACAUCAGCGAGCUUGGUUAGAAGUUCAAGUGAUGAAAACAAGAUCGAUCGAAACUUGGAGAUUAAAGUGUUGCUUCCCAAGGGACGGCUCAUAGAUGGCACACUAAAGCAUUAUAGCCUACACUAUAAUGUUGCUCUAGUCAGUUUCAAGGAUUGCCGUGUUGUUUGUCCAGCAAUUAUUCAGCGUCGUCGGUAUGUGUGCUCUAAAAUAGCAGCUGUAGGGCGUUGUUUCAACUCAGGCACACUAAUGGCCAAGAUUGGGGAAGAGGUCACCUGGACAGGCACACUUGAUUGCGUUUGCAUUGAACGAAUAUCAUGUAAAAUCAGCAAGGCUGGUAUUGGAGGACCCCUUGUUAAUUUGGACGGGGAAGUUGUUGGCAUGGACUUCUACGAUCCGAGGAUAGGAACCCCUAUCGUGAUGUGGGACCAUGUUGAACACAUUCUGCAACAUAUAGAAAAGAGUGACCCCUCCGGCGCGGCUUUCUGGAAAAUGGCUGGGGAUCCCAGCAAGAGGCUAAAUAGGUGGCCUGUGCCUGCGCCAUGUUGGCGUAGCCGUGAGGACGUGGAGAAGGACAAGAAAUCUGAGGAAGAUGAGAUGAACCUUGAACCCCCGCCCCUACCCCCCAGGGAGAGUUUCUCAUGGGUCUUCAAUUUCUUUCAACAGAAGCCGGGCUCUGAACCCUCAUCCAGUCACAUAAACCGCAGUAACCCAUUCAUAUACGGAUUCAUAGAUGGAAAGAAAGUUUUACUGUCUAUUUGAUACGUGGCUGCAUUUCGUUGGGAUGUUGGCUAGUUUUCACGAGGAUCUGCUUGUUGCUAGUCUUAGCAAAUAUUACAUGUGUUGCUCCGCUUGCUCUCUUGAAUUAUCCAGUGUGUGCAGCCUUGUGUAAUACUCGAUGGUGAUGACUUUAGUUUAUAUAUUGUCCAUACACGUCGUAAGGCC